GAAUUUUCCAAUUGUAAGUAGAAAUUAAACCCAGUGACCGGGGGUCGAUUCCCAAAUAGGCACCUUUACCAGGAAACAAUGGAGGAGGAAUACAAAUCCCUUCAAAUCAUCCAAAACUCCCCAAAUUCUCGGGUCUACCACUUAUACCUAAACCGACCCAACCACGUCAACGCACUAUCCCAAGACUUCUUCACUGAAUUCCCCAGAGCCCUCACCACACUCGAUCAAAACCCCGAUGUCGGCGUCAUAAUCCUAGCCGGCUCCGGCAAGCACUUCUGUUCCGGCAUCGACUUCCAAACCCUAGCCGAUGGCUUCAAGGAAACCGACGGCACGGAUUGCGGCCGGAAAGUGGAGAGGCUGAGGCGACAUAUCAAGUUCCUGCAAGAGGCUAUUACUGCCUUAGAGUGUUGCCGUAAACCGGUGAUUGCGAGUGUACAUGGCGCGUGUAUUGGUGGUGCUAUUGAUAUAAUUACUGCUUGUGAUAUUAGGUUUUGUUCUUCUGAUGCUUUUUUCUCUGUCAAAGAGGUGGAUUUAGCUAUUCCCGCUGAUUUAGGGACGCUUCAGAGGCUUCCCAGUAUUGUAGGGUUUGGAAAUGCGAUGGAACUGGCUUUAACUGGGAGGAGGUUUAAUGGUGAUGAAGCUAAAAGUUUGGGAUUGGUGUCUAGGGUUUUUAGUUCUAAGGAGGCUUUGGAGGAAGGUGUCAAAGUUGUUGCUGAGGAAAUAGCUACAAAGUCUCCACUUGCUGUUAUUGGAACAAAAGCUGUGUUGCUGAAAAGUAGGGAUUUGACAGUGGAACAAGGUCUAGAUCAUGUUGCCACAUGGAAUUCUGGUACCCUGUUACCAGAUGACUUGAAAGAAGCAAUUUCAGCAUAUCGUCAGAAGAGAAAACCUAAAUUUGCCAAACUGUAGAUUGGUAAAUGAUGGCAUUGAUGGAAUUUGAAAGGGUUAAUAGAUCUGCAUGUGAACGAAUAAGACUGUCUGUGGGACGAGUGACGAGAUUGAGAAGACAAGCAAUGAUGCAUAAUUGUUGUCUUACUUUAUGUAACUUUAGCUGUAGCGUCUAGUAUGCUUAAGGUCGACACGAAUAUUUCUGUCUUGUGAAAUUGUACUAGUUCUAAGCCUGAGAUAUGAUAUCAUAUGGAAAAAUAACCCACUUUUCUUACGUU